AUGCUGCCCUUGUAUAUCUGCUCUGCUAUCUUCACAUUAUUAUAUUUCGCACAUGUGCAGCAACCGACGGCUGCACAGAUCACAGCACCAUGGGAAGUCAAUGCUUUGAGAGCUAUAAGAGGCAGCUUGAGUGAUCCAAAUGGAUUUCUCAACAACUGGAACCGUGGAGAUCCAUGCGUCGCGAAUUGGACCCGUGUUAUCUGUUACAACGUAACAGCAAAAGAUGAUGGUUACUUCCAUGUGCAAGAACUGCAGCUUCUACGGUUGGGUUUAUCCGGGACUUUAGCUCCUGAGCUUGGCCAGCUUUCCCGCAUGAAAAUUAUGGAUUUCAUGUGGAACAAAAUCACUGGGAGCAUUCCUAAGGAGGUCGGCAACAUUACUUCUCUGGAACUAUUGCUCGUAAAUGGGAACCAGCUGUCUGGUUCUUUACCAGAUGAAAUUGGCCUCCUUCCUAAUCUUAACAGGAUUCAGAUUGAUCAGAACAAUAUAUCCGGACCCAUACCUAAAUCAUUCGCUAACCUGAACAAGACCAAGCACUUUCACAUGAACAACAAUUCAUUGAGUGGUCAGAUUCCACCUGAAUUGUCAAGGUUACCUUCACUUGUUCACAUGUUGUUGGAUAACAAUAACCUAUCGGGCUAUCUCCCUCCAGAAUUAGCGCAGCUACCGAAACUGCUCAUCAUCCAGCUAGACAAUAACAACUUCUCGGGAAGCUCGAUUCCUCCAUCUUAUGGCAAUAUCACCACACUUCUGAAAUUGAGUUUGAGGAACUGCAGCUUGGAAGGCCCUGCUCCUGAUGUCAGUGGAAUACCGCAGCUUGGCUACUUGGAUGUUAGUUGGAAUCAGUUGACGGGUCCCAUACCAUCCGGCCAACUAGCAAGCAACAUAACUACAAUAGAUUUUUCCCACAACCGUCUUAACGGUUCUAUUCCUGCAAGUUUCUCCGGCCUUCCUAAUCUACAAAGACUGUCAUUGGACAAUAAUAACUUGGAUGGCUCUGUUCCAUCUGAUGUUUGGCAAAAUAUCGAUUUCAGUGGAAACAGAACCCUGAUAUUGGAUUUCCACAACAACGGUCUCACGAAUCUGUCAAAUCCUCUUACGCCCCCUGCUAAUGUUACCAUCCUGUUAUCUGGAAACCCCGUAUGUCAAUCCCAGAACCAACUGAACAUAGCUCAGUAUUGUCAAUCAACUCCAGAAGUUACCGCCGAAGGAGGCUCCAUAGAUAACAGCACACUUUGUGCGCCAUGCGCAACCGACUUUCCUUUAGAAAGCGUACUCAAGGCUCCAAAUCCAUGUUCAUGUGGCGUUCCACUGUACGUCGAUUAUCGGCUGAAGAGUCCAGGAUUCUGGGAUUUUGUUCCCUAUGAAGCGCAGUUUCAGGAGUACCUGUCGUCGGGGCUCUUUCUCAACUCGUACCAGCUGGAAGUUACCACUUUCAUGUGGGAAGAAGGCCCAAGGCUGAAGAUGACGCUGAAGCUGUUCCCAAACAACACCAUUCUUUUCAAUUCGCGUGAAGUGGAGAGACUGAGAUACAUGUUCACAGGGUGGCUCAUCGCGGACUCGGAUAUAUUUGGGCCCUAUGAGCUUAUCAACUUCAACCCAGGGUGGUAUGAGAACGUACUGUCGCGUGGUACAAAGAAAAGUCUCAGUACAGGUGCCAUUGUUGGUAUUGUCAUCGCAGCAUUUGCUGCAGCGGCAGUUCUGUCAUCACUCAUUACUCUCAUCAUAUUGAGAAGGCGUUCAAGACAGUUUUCAAAGAAACGCACCGCGAAAAGGAUUCCGAUGAAAAUUGAUGGCGUGAAAGACUUCACUUUCGAAGAAUUAUCAAACUGUACAAAUGAUUUCAGUGAGUCGGCACUAAUUGGUCAAGGAGGGUAUGGAAAAGUAUACAGGGGGGUGUUGGCUGAUGGAAAAGUAGCAGCAAUAAAACGUGCACAGGAGGGAUCUCUUCAGGGUUCCAAGGAGUUCUUCACGGAGAUAGAAUUGUUGUCCAGGCUGCAUCACCGAAACCUCGUUUCUUUGCUUGGCUAUUGCGACGAAGAGGAUGAGCAGAUGCUGGUGUACGAGUACAUGCCAAAUGGUACUCUACGUGAUCAUCUUUCAGCAGCUAAAGCUAGAGAGUCUCCAAGUUUUCCCAUGAGGCUACGAAUCGCACUGGGAUCAUCACGGGGCAUCCUGUAUCUGCACACGGAAGCCGACCCUCCGAUAUUCCAUCGCGACAUCAAGGCCAGCAACAUCUUACUGGACUCCAAGUUUGUAGCCAAGGUUGCUGAUUUCGGCCUGUCGCGGCUGGCUCCGCUGCCAGACACAGAGGGGAGCGCCCCUGGCCACGUGUCCACCGUCGUCAAGGGCACUCCAGGUUAUCUUGACCCGGAGUAUUUCCUGACGCACAAGCUGACGGACAAGAGCGACGUGUACAGCCUGGGCGUGGUGUUCCUGGAGUUGCUUACAGGGAUGCAGCCAAUUUCUCAUGGGAAGAACCUUGUGAGGGAGGUUGUGGCGGCGAACCAGUCGGGGAUGAUCCUGUCGGUGGUGGAUCUGCGGAUGGGGGCCGUGCCGGGGGAGUGCGUGGAGCGGUUCGCCGCGCUGGGGCUGCGGUGCUGCCGGGACGAGACGGACGCGCGGCCGUCCAUGGCGGAGGUGGUCAGGGAGCUGGAGACCAUCUGGCAGAUGACGCCCGACAUGGACGGUGUGCCCUCGGAGUCGGUGGCCAUGGACCCCACCCACACGCCAGCGUCGUCGUCGACAGCAACCGGGUCUCGGACGGGCAACGAGCAGUACGACAUGUCGACGUCGGACGUGUCUGGCAGCAACCUUCUGAGCGGCGUGGUGCCCAGCAUCAACCCUCGCUGA